AUGGGAGGCAAGCCAUUCUGUGAACAGAAGAGAUGCAACGAAGAAGCCAAAUUUGUUUGUUUAUGCUUUUAUAUUCGUCUAUGCCCUCAGCACGUUAAGAGACACAAAUUAUCAAACCGUAACUUGUAUCACAAAAUAGUUGAUAUUGCAGAAUUCAAGCCAAUUGCUUUUGAUCCAGGCCAAACCAUUGAUAGAAUAAAUACAAUGGAAGGUCUAUCUCUUAACAGGAAUAUUUAUCAGUCUCCUGAAGGCUCAACUGAAGUAUGAGAAGGAAAUAUUAAAGGGAUUCCUGACAAAGUGGCUAUCAAAAUAAUGCAUUGCAGGAAUGAAGGAGAAUAUAAUAAAAGAAGGCAGGAAGCAGAGUAUCAGCUGUCUAUGAAGCAUCCAAAUAUAUGCGGCUGCGUAUGUGCAUUUCGUGAUAUGGCUGUAAAGGAUAGAUAUAAGUUUGUCAUUGUGAUGGAAUAUUCUGAGUUUGGGGAUGUAGAGCAGGAUAUUGAUAGCAGAAGAGCCAAAGCCAAUCCUUGGCCAGAAGAAGAGCUUUUGCAUCAUAUGACCGAAUUGAUUGACGCUUUCGCGUUUCUCCAAGAAAAAAACUUGGUUCAUGGGGAUAUCAAGCCAAGAAACUUGUUUAUGACAAGCCAAGGAAGAAUGAAAAUUGGAGACUUUGGAGAGUCUAGACAAGAGUCAGCGCUUGUAACAAAAACAUAUCAAAUUGCUGGAACUGUUAUCUAUUUCAGCCCUGCUCUGUUUAAAGCUUAUCUAGAUAUUAUCAAAGGGAUAAACGUGACUGGGACAACCAGGCACAACCCAAUAAAAUCUGACGUUUAUUCUUUAGGAUUGACUUUUAUGCAUAUUGCUUCUCUUGAAAAGCCUGUUGAUUUGAAUAACUUACUCCUCAACAAAGGACUCUAAUUGAUUAUUAAAUAUGUAUUAUUUGGAUUUAAAGAAAUUACAAAAGGCUAGAGAGGAAGUUAGAGCAAGGAUUUGAUAGAUUGCAAGCAAAGAUUUCUCUGGCUAUCUCAAGAUUAAAUUAUUCAGAUAAGCUCAAAAAAAUAUUUACGCUUAUGCUUGAAGUUGAAGAGUCAAAGAGAUAUGAUUUCAUAGCACUCAGGCUGCAUCUUGUGAGAACAAUUAAUGCUGUGCUAGAAGCUGAAGAACCUGAGUUAAUUUCACAAAUGUCUCACAUAAAUGACUCAAAUAGAAGAGGAAUCCCAAGCGGUUCCUCACACGACGUAUACUCCACGAUAUUUUUUUUUGCCAAUAAUAUAUAAAAUAAUUAUAUAUAGUCUGAGCCUCCUUUGACUCGGGGUUGUCCCGAGUCUCCCGAUGCUAUAAGGGGAGUUGGAUCUAUUAACUUCCCAGAUUGUAAUUCUCCAAUAUAGAGUGGAUUUGCCAUCUGAGGAGUUAUUUUUACCAACAAAAAUUUUUAAAAUCAACUACAUCGGUACCACCUGAGCUAAAAAGAAGGCUCGGGUAUACAUGAGAAGCAUUCCUACUAGUUUAUCCAAUAUUGUUCUAUUUUUCUAUAAAAUAAAAAUUUUGAAAAGAAAGAGAAAAAAGACCAAAAAGUAAUCCAAAAAAUAAACAAAAAAAUAGCCAAAAAAGGCCAAAAAAAAAAUAGUUGUCAUGGAGCAGGCGUCGUGUGAAAUGACGAUCCCAAGCCGUAUUCCUCCACCUAUAUUUUCAAUUCCUAUUAUUUUUAACUUAUCUGAAAAAGCAGGAGAAGCUGUUGUAUAUCAUAUUACUGAAAAUCGUCAAAGAAUAGUUACUAACUGCAGGUUCCAGCACUCAUCAAGAGCACUCCUAUUAUAUGAUACUUUAAUUUUAUUGGCUGGAGGACUUAAAAAUUCAAAAUGCGCUUAUAAAAUAGACACAGCAGCCCAUUCCACAAUUAAGUUAAGGCUAAUGAAUGAGCCAAGAGCUUGGCAUUGCAUGGCGAAGCUUGGUGAAGAUGUGUUUUGUAUUGGUGGGAGGAACACAGAAACAAAAAAAGCAAUUAAUAGUGUUGAAGUAUACAGAAAUGAAAGCUGGGAAUUAGCUGCAAGCCUUAGUUACGUUAUAUCUUAAUUCCUGAUCAGAAUUCUAGUCCGUAUACUGAUCGAUAUACUGAUCAGAACGAUUGAGCUCACCCUAGGACGCCACAAGGUGAGGUUUCACCUACUUACGGACUUGCUGCACAGCUCGCAUCCUCCAGAUUUCAGGGUUCUCUUCUCCGGUUGCUGCUAGUGGCACGUGGAUGGGCCGUACAAGUAGAAUACGUAGGUUUGUAACUUGCUUGCCACCUUAUCUCAGUUUUCACUGAUUUAUGCUCAAAUCGCUUUGUCUUGACCAUCUGCAGGAGCCAUGGUCAGGUGCUGUUAAAAGGAAAAGCCUUUUGCGAUAUAAACCUACUGCAGAGGGAGGAGCUGCAAGCCUUCAAAAACCUCGAGAAAUUGCAUCAGCAAUCAGUAUUAAUGAUGUUAUCUAUGUUGUAGGAGGAUCUUCUGAUCAAAAUGGGCAUUGGGAGCUACUGAAUUCAAUAGAAAAAUAUGAGAAUUCAGUUUGGACUCUUCUUGAUAUUAUUUUGCCUGACUUCAUGGGAGGAGUUGGAAUUGCAGCUCCUUCCCCUGACGAAAUUUUAAUUUUUGGUGGAAAAAGAGAAAGAGGAUUUCUAUCUAAAGACAUUUAUUCGUGAAAUAUAAGCACAAGUCAAUUUGCCUCUAAAAAUCCUUUGCCAGAAGCAGAGUUAUUUUACUCUAACAACUCAUACAUAUACCCAUAUAUAAUGAAUAGAAGUUUUGCUACUGGUUAAUUAUUUUCAUAUUCACUAUAUAAAUUAAGAAAAGGUAACUAUUACCAAAGUUUUUAUUUAUUACAAAAGAGUAUAGAAAAUGAAAAAAUAGCGAUUAUUGGUAGCUUAAAAGGCUUGCUGAUCUAUGACCGAGCUGAAGAUACUUCUGCUUUUCAGAGUGCUCAAAAAAAUAAUUAA